AUGAGUAAUGCUCAGAAGAUAAAAGAUUGUAUUAUUUCUGUAGAAAAUGCUCUGAUAACUUAUCAAAAAUCACUUAUUCAUAUACAAAAUGAGAUUGGGGAUAUUAUUGAACAACAAACAAAAGAGAAACAUGCAAAAGCCAGAGAAAAGGCUGAUUUGAAGAAACUAGAUGCUAUGAACAGCAAAGAACUCAUGGAUGGUAUCAGGAGAUGUAUGGAAGAAAAUAAAAAUGCUUCAUUCAAAUACUUAAUCAAAUGCUAUAAAUAUUGGAACACUCAGCUAAUGCCCGCAAUCAAGAAAAUUGGGAUUAGUACUUUCUGUAAACUACAGGUUGACAUAUGCGGGAUGCUUUGUAAGCUUUCGGGUUAUUUGUUUUUACAUGGUGAUUAUUAUAAAGGGCUAGAAUGUUUGUAUGAUAUGGUCUCGAUCUACCCGGAUUUCGCUGAAGGCCGAACAGUUUUAAUCCGAUGGUGUGUUACUUUAGGUGAAUGGGAAUUACUAGAGGAUUUGCUUGUGCUCGAAAAAAAGUUGCAAGCAAAAGCCAAAUCUACCAGUGGAGUUGGAGAAAUUAAAAGAGCGACUACGCUUGAACUAAGCAAACUGUUCUUAGACUUCAUUCGGAAAGAGCCAUCUAGAGAUAAAAUAUGUAAAGAACUCCUUCAUCAUCACAUGGAAUCUGUAGAACGGGUUUCCACGAAUACGUAUACUGUUUCUGAAUAUUUUGCUGUUACGCAUUAUAUGUGUUCGUUUCUUUCACGAGUUCCAAAUUUCAACGAAAAUGUUCCUGAUCCCUUACAUCUUCUUCAAUCCUCAUAUGCUAAAUUCGAAACCAUAAUGAGAAAUAGAAUUCCCGGAAUAGCACGAGAAAACUUCAGAAUAGACGUACACAAACUCUUCGAAGACCCUAAAAAAGGAUUUGAAGCUUUCUCUAGUAUAGCUGAUUGCUUAGAAGUGUUGAGAGAAUUGAUCAUUGAGUUUUAUAAUUGCGGCAUGUUGAAGGAGGCUUACGCCUUCGCUUUAUUAGGAUUACAGUAUGCAAAUAAACUAGGAAUCUUCUUUAGAAUACAGCAAUUUCAUAAUCUUAUCCUUAUGAUCCAAAGUUCGUCUCGUGGUAAAGACAUUUCGGAAACAUCUUCUGUAGUGCUGCUUAACACUGCUACAUUAUAUUCUGCUUCGAAAGCGAGCCGUUGUCACACGCCUCUGCUCAAUUGCCUCCCGUCUCCUAGAAUGAAAACUUCAUGGAAUAGCUCAAGCAUGGCUGGUAAGCUUAUGCUGGAUUUUCAGGAUCUGAAGCUUAAUGAAACAUCUGAUGAGCCAACGAAGUUGAAGAGUUUGCAUAAAAUAGAUAAGAAGUGUGAGUGUGAGACCUGUAUUCAUUAUGCGAACAACUAUAAUUCGGCCAUGGAGUAUCAAAUAUCCAACUUUUAUUACGAGCUGAACUCAACUCAGAAAAUCAGCGAUGGAAUUGAAAAAUUGGUAGAUGCGUUCAGCGUUAUACGAGAACGAAUGAUUGACGAACAAGCUAAGCUCAUCCGGAAAAAAGGAAGACCAAGGCCUCCUAUAUCAAUGUGUGAAUCAGUACUUCUCUCUUCUGUUCAUUGGCUCCGGCAUUUGGAGGGAAAUGGCAGACCUCAUCUACGAGAUAAUAAAUUAUCUUCGUUAAGAUCAUCAAUUUUGCAGACAGCUACAAAGAUAGCAAAUUAUUCCUCUAUUAAGUAUAUUGGAUACAGUUUAGCCCUACGCCACUUCGAUCGAAUGGAUAAACUAUUGCCAUCCAGCACAAGUCCAUAUUCUUGGAUGAGUCCAUCUUCUGAAGCACAAAGAAAAGGCAGAGUAUGUCAAGGCUUAAUAUCUCUCUUUCGGAGCUUUGUUAAUGAGCCUGGAGAUAUUGUAGAGCCAGCUUCAAAUGUUAUACCAUUCCUUAUUGCGAAGAAAAGUGAACUACUGACGAAACUUCUUGCAGAAGCACAAAAAGAUUAUUAUGAUUAUAAUCAUCUUCUGUAUAGGCAUUGGCGGUUUCCUGUUACAACUUUUAUAGCUGCUCAUACAGACAGCAAAUUUAGAUCGGCUAUGCUCUUCUCAGAGUCAACUGUUUUAGGUAGUAGAGCCACAGCUCGGAUGUUGUCCAAAAAAAUCACCGGUGUCACGUUCUCGAACUCCACGGUGUUCGAAGGGGCUGUCAAAAGAUUGCCAAUCGAUUUCACUGUAAUCCAGCUAGCUCUGGAUAGUGAUGGUAAUUUAUUUUUGAUUAAACUACAUGCUGAACGAACGCCGUUCGUUAUCCCAGUAGCACAUUAUACGAAGGUGUUCAAGUCACAGAGCAAAAUGAGUCUUAUAAUGGAAGCGAAUGAGAAAACAAGUACAGAAUUUGACAGUGCCAACAAAAAUAGAGCGAAAAACUUUUGGAGUUACAGGAGGAAAGUGGAUCAACAGUUAGAAAGCACUGUUGCUGGUAUCCAGAAUUAUCUCUUCCAAAGGUUUCUUCCUAUGCUUUUACCUUGUCAGUCUUUAGCACCAAGAGGAAGAGAGUUGGCUGCCGAGCUGCUUAGUAAUUUGCCGAUUCCAAAUCCUCAUUUCGAUCUCAAUUGGUCUGAGGAACUGAUUUCUUUAGUCUUUCAAGUGACUCGUCAACAGUGGUGCAUGCUUAUUGAUUCUGUAGGAGAGCUUUGCGAGCUAUCAGAGAGUUCAAUGAACUAUUUGAAAAAUGAAUACCUGAGAUUGAAGAAAAGCUUGUGCGGAAUGGGAAUGAUCAAUAAGUCCAAGCCAUUAUAUACUUUCCUCAUUGUUCCUCCUGUUCUUGGCUCAUUCCCAUUUGAAGUUAUGCCCAUAUACAACAAUCGGCCACAUGUUGGUCGUUUGGUUUCUCUUCAUGCACUUCUGAUGCUUUUGAGGAAGACUUCAAAACUCCCCCAACCAGUAGUCGUCUCGAAUUCUUACUAUGUUUUGGAUCCAGAUAAUAAUCUGGAUAAUACUCAAGUGCGGAUAUCGAACUUCAUAUCGAAGCAUGCUUGGACAGGUGUUGUUGGAAAUGCUCCUUCGAUGGCAGAGUUUCAGAAUAUUCUAGAAAACAAGGAUAUGUUUUUCUACUUCGGUCAUGGAAGUGGUUCUAAACACUUUAAUCGGCGUUCAAUACAAGAGUCUCAAUGUAGAGCUGUUGCUAUUUUGAUGGGAUGUGGAAGUGUAGCCAUGGAGUAUGAAGGUUGGGGUUUAGAUGGGAAAUGUACAGCAUAUCACUAUGCUAUUGCUAAAUGUCCAGCAGUGCUGGGUUGUUUGUGGAUGGUUACGGAUGGUGAAAUUGACAGAUAUUUCAUGGCUCUGAUUGAUUUGGUGUUUUCUUCCGAUGCGAAUACCACGGUUGAUGAAGGAGCUCCCAGGCUAAGAGUACUGCUGGAUGGAAUGCAGAAAGCGCGACAGCGAGUUAAAUUGCCGUUCCUCACGGGUGCUAGUGUGGUCUCAUUUGGACUACCUAUUGUUUCCUCAGAAUAA